CAUGGUGAUAGGGGAAGGAAUUCCCCCCGAAGCGAUAAAAGUUUUCGUCCGCUAGAGGGCAGCAUAUGUGUUGUUAGUGAGUCUGGGGAUGAUACAUCGAUGGGGGAUAGAGCGGAAAACAGUGAAGCUGGGAUUAUUAACGAUAGAAUGAAAACUGCCAAACCUGAUUUAUUUUACAGAGAAAAUGGCCAACCAAUUACUGUGUGAUUUCGGUGAUUCCUCGAUUGGCACUCGAAUCAUCAGACGUUUAUCUACCAGCAGGACACCUUAAGUAAUUUAUAAAUAUUCUCUCUUUUAACAUAUGUAUAUAACGACUGUAGAAAUCUUGCAUGUCGGCUAUAAUUCCGUGCUCGUUGGUGCGUCCAGUAGCCUGGGAUCCCCUACCUACACCUGUGUCUAUAUGUGUACUCCAUUUUAUUGUGCUACAUCAACUUAACCUGUCUGCGGCUCAGCUGUGUACAAGGAUGAGGAAGUGUGCUGUCUAUCUACACCCAAGUGUGUAGUGAAUGGAAUAUACUCGUAUACAUAACAGGUGCUGUUGUGAUGAUCUCCAAGACAGAGUCGCGUCAUAAAGGCGAGAAUAACCGAGACUAAACGAGAUUUGACACAUUAACAGUACUGCACAUCUUGUUACCAGUUAUGAUGUAACGAGAUCUAUGCGUGAAUAUGACAACACCGGUCCAGGGAUUGCUGCUACACUGGCCAGUGAUAGUUGUCUCCCUUGUGUGUUGGAGCGCCCUCCCAUUAACAGACGGUCUACAACAAAUGUUGAAUACCAACUCGUCCCGUUCCUGUAAUCAGCCACAUUAUUACGAGUUUGAUAGUAUUUACGAUGUCAGCUCUAACACGGCUGUGACAGGAAGUAAGUGCGAGGUGACCUUCACCAAGUCCACCUGGAGUGACACCAUGUGGGAACAGCGUUGUAGUCUUUGUGUAAAGAUCAAUACCUUCACCAUCCACAGCUGUCACUUCAAAAUGAUCUACCACGACGGUCUCGCCGACGUCAAACCAAAGACGUUCGACUGUCACACAUUCCCGCCAUUGUUAUGGUGUUCUAGUAACAACGACCUGAAACUCGUUUUCAAGGAACUGAAGAAAUACAAGGGAGAUAAAUACACAAUUGAUCUGCAGGUGAAACCCUACUGCUCCAAAAACAACACUAAAGGAAAUGCGAGGCCGACACCCUCUCCGCCAGGGAAGACGUAUGAGGAGAAGGUCCGAGAGGAAGAAAAGCGAAGGAGAGACACUGUCAUCAUCGCUGGUUCUCUCAUUUCUACCGUGUCAAUCAUGUUUGUACUGUGCUACCUCACAUACUCCUGCUGGAAACGGAGAAACCCACGACCAAACACUUCCUCCCAACCCCCGGGUACCUCUAGUAGGGGUUCAAGCUCUACCCGGUCAAAUCAUAACAAACCCCCGGGGGUUAUUGCUAAUACGAGGAUUCCAAUGGACCGGCACCACGGUGAUAAUCAUUCCCGAGAGGGUCAGACCCAGCCCUGGUAUACAAUGCACCCAAUGACCCUACCGUCGUCAGAGCUACAUAGUCAGGGUUACACGCCCUCCCAUGACCAGUGGCUGGACACAAGAUACACAAAGUUACCAGAACUGAAUCCGAAGCCGACAGAAAUGAAAGGCUAUACAUAUGUGCCGCCCCACCCUCACCGUCUCUCUCCUACAAAGGAAGUAGUAUUCCACGAGGACAUGCCACGCCCACUCAGACCGGAUGUUCACUCGUAUGAUGCGGAUGUGGAUUUACCUCAAAUGACAGGCCCUUCGCCUCUCCCUCCUCCUCUUCCUCCGAGACCAAACCUCCCACAAUACCAAUCAAAACAGUAUUUUAUAUGAUGAUGGCGAGUUAUCUCCCUUUGUGAACUCUGUUGAAUCCUGACACUGUGCGAGUAAGAUAGUGCCGUGGAUGUGGUACCGCCGGAUAUGUGGUGCAUAAUGUAGUAAGGAACAGAUCAUCAUCUCACCUGCUGGAAUCCACAUGUGUACAUCUCAGAAUGAAGUGACCUAUAAUCUAUGUAUAGGUGUACAUUACCCGCACUGUCAAAAUGUAUAACAAUAUUUUGUUGUGUUUAUGUGUGUACAAGUUCUGAAAUUGCUCGAAUAAUGACAACCAUUUUGUGAACACGAGAGGUUUUCAUUCUACUGAUUUGUAUGUACAACUGUAAGGCCAUGUAUGUAGAUUUCUGGCAAGUUUACAGACAUGCGAUGUGAAAGCCUGUUCAUGGUCAUAUAUUUGUUUCUAAAAACCGAUUAGAAAUAUGAGUUUUAUUAGUGAAACCCUAUUUAUUUAUAGUAUUUAUUAGAAAAUUCCAAUUUCGUUUAUAUAAUCCAUGUAUUAUAUGUGUUGUAUAUUAGUUCUAUUGCGAGUUUCACACCUUUUUGUAAAUUUUCCAUUCGAUUUUCAUUCAUGUACUUGACCAUCUAUUACUUGUGUGUUUGUACAAUGUUUGUACAAUUGAACAGGUAUGGCACUAGAGUUUCCAUAAAGACUUUACCUCUUACUUGGCUUCCAUGAUAAUGAAAUUAUGUCUCGAAAAAGUGAUGCACCAUGGGAAGAAAACAAACACUUAUUACUGUAUCUUUUAUGAAACCAAGAGUUGGUGUCGUAAACAUAAACGACAUACAUUUUGUAAGUAUCAUUUUGGCCAACAUAUUCAUCUAAAAUCGCCUAACUAUACACAUAAUGUAUCACAAAUAACAUUUUACAUAUGCGACACAGGUAAAAAACAAUCACCAGAAUGUGUGUCACGUGCCUACAGCAUUCAUCGGAAUGUUUUGUAUGUCAUGUGUCUAAAACAUUCACCGGGAUGUAUGUCACGUGUCUAAAACAUUCCCUGGGAUGUCUUUGUAUGUCACGUGUCUAAAACAUUCACCGGGAUGUAUGUCACAUGUCUAAAACAUUCACUGGGGUGUCUUUGUUUGUUACGUGUUUACAAUAUUUACCGGGAUGAAUGUCACGUGUCUACUACAUUUACCGGUAUGAAUGUCACGUGUCUACAACAUUAACAAGGAUGUAUGUCUCGUGUCUACAAUAUUUACCUGUCUGGAUGUACUUGUAUCAUUCAACAUCUAUGUGCCUUAUCAAUGUCAUGAUUACAGUACCAUUACAUAUAAGAGUACAGGUACAAUGUAGUUUGUAAUAUACAAAUCAAUGUUGUAUUUUGGGAAGUGAAAUAUUCCAGUUAUUUUAUUAAUAAAGAAUUUUGUGAUUUUUUAA